CAUACCAAGUGAAAUUCUUCAUGUCAUAUCCCCCUCCAUUGCCUAUCUGCUUCCUCCAUCUCAUCUCAUCCCCAACUACAUAUAAGAAUCCCCCUCCAUCCCACUCUUACAUUUGAAUGAACUGCACCCCUUGUCAUUCAUCUCCUAUACCAAACCAUUCCGGCAUCCAUCUUCCACAAAUACCUCCUUUAGUAUUUCAACUCUUUACAUCCCAUUGGUAACCCAUUUGCCACCUCAGACAUUUCCAUUUGUCAUCCUUCAUCCCCCUCCCUCAGUACUUCAUUUUCUGUAUCAAUCAUUCCCCUUUCCUGGAUGAGUCCCCCUUGCUAUUUCUCAUUUUUCAUUCCUGCCUGUACAUUAACAUUCUCUCCAUCCAAGGCAGUGCCACGCCAUGGGAUUCCUUUGUCAUUCCAACAUGUGGCUCAUGGGUAUGGGAGGGAGGGAAGGAGGGAGGAAAGAAAAAAGGCAAUUCCUGAAAGAGCUUGCCCUAUGUCUGUGGAGGCAAGACAAUUAUAGGUCUAGAACAGCAAGCAGGUGGUUGCCAGGGAGGAAACUGGCCGUACGAAGAGGUAAUGCAGGGUCAUCGAGGGGAGGGUGAGAGCAGUACCAAGCCAUUCCCCUCACUCUCAGCCUAAAAGGUGCUAUAGUUCUCUGGGGGCACCCUCUUGGUGUGAUACGGUUCCUUCCCAGUUUCAGGGGAAAGAAAGUGUGGGCGGAGGCAGAGAUGGUGGCAGACCACCCCCAGCUCCCUCUCAGACAGCUCUUACUGCUGCUUCCGAAAAUGGCUGCCCUCCCCCAGAUGCUCUUUCUUUUCUGCCUCCCCCAACUGCAGCCUCCCCCCACCAGGCAUGACAUGCUGGUAGGGAGAAGGGGGAGUACCCGCCUUACUGGAGCAUUCUCUUCAUCAGAGUGAGAUGACUCCCAGAACCAUGAGUCAACCCAGCCACCUGUAACAGGCCCUGUGGAAGCAGGAGUUAGGGCUCUUGUCUUUGUGUACCUGAGGCCUUGAGGCCUCCCCUUACCCAUUAUAACCCUUACUCCUGCCAGAAAACUCUGUAUACCUCUCUGAAGCAAUCGGAGGCAGGAAAGCAGGCCUCAGCUGUGGCUGCCAGCCCAGGACAUUGCUAGAAAGACUCUGGGCUUUGGCAGGGGUUGGCCAAGUCUUGGGUCAGAGAAUGGCUUCUGGCCAUUCCCCCAAAUAGCUCUAGCUACAGGAAAAUGCCCUUCCUUCAUAUCCACCACAGAGACAUCGAUGGAGGGAGAUUAGAGUGAAAGAAUUAGAGUCCUAUGUUUCUCCCUCAUAUAAAUAACAAAUGCCCUUCCACCCAGCAUGCAAGGGACUAUCAAAGGAGUGUGGGCCUGGCACUGGGCCUGAUCCUAAACCAUGGGGCAGGUGAGAGAGAAGAACAGGUAGAAAAGGUAUUGAGGAAAUGUUGGUUAGUGCCCAACUGUCUCCUAAAAACUAAGGUUAAAAAGACCCUACCCUAGGAUGCUUUUGUUCACUAACACUGAUGCUUAGGCAGCACAGAUAUGUCUUCAAACACAGUUUAGUGUGUAGACACUGGGAAAUGAGUAAAGCAAACUGUUGCCCUGGUUAGGAGGGCAGUGUCACCCCCCUGCUAAUGAGGGAGUUAGAAACAGCAGUUUCCAAGGCUGUUAGUCAUCCUCUGAUCUGAGUCACACGUGAGGCUUAGCAUAGUUUGGGGAGUGGGGGUAGGAAGACCUGGGGUCUCCAAUGGCAGAGAUGAAUUCAGGCACCCACACCUGACUCAGCCUGGCUGGCCAAGGCAUCUGGCUGAAGACCCAGGCCCAUCCCCAGUCCUGGGCCACUGCCCCAGCUGCCCUUAGCCUGGGCACCAUGCCUGAGGCAUGGCGUAGGAGACCACGAUGCUCAGGUGACCUCACCCAGUAUGCUGAUUUUGGCCAGCUCCUGUGUGUGGAUCUGUCUGUCAGUCCAUGGUACCGCCGCACUCAGCUGGGCUCGUGGGGGUCCUCAGUCUGGCCCAAGAACCUAGGCCUUAGAAUAGCCCCAAGACUUGGGCCACAGCCCCCAGCUUCCUGUUGGGAAAACCCAGGAACUAAAGAAUCACAGAAUCCUAGAAUGUCAGAGCUGGAAGAGAUCUUCUAGUCCAAACCUUUCGUCAUACUGAUGGAGAGACAGAGGCCCACAGAAAAGGCAUGACCUGCUGAAAGUUACACAAAACAAGGAGACCAGUGCCGGUCCAGUGGCUGUAAUGGGAAAGGAUUACUACAAGAUUCUUGGGAUCCCGUCUGGAGCCAAUGAGGAUGAGAUCAAGAAAGCCUAUCGGAAGAUGGCCUUGAAGUACCAUCCAGAUAAGAACAAAGAACCCAAUGCUGAGGAGAAGUUUAAGGAGAUUGCAGAGGCUUAUGAUGUGCUGAGUGACCCUAAGAAACGGGGCCUGUAUGACCAGUAUGGGGAGGAAGGCCUGAAGACUGGCGGCGGUUCCUCAGGUGGCUCCAGCGGCUCCUUUCACUACACCUUCCAUGGAGACCCCCAUGCCACCUUUGCCUCCUUCUUUGGAGGCUCCAACCCCUUCGAUAUCUUCUUUGCCAGCAGUCGCUCGGCUCGUCCCUUCAGUGGCUUUGACCCAGAUGACAUGGAUGUGGAUGAAGAUGAUGACCCAUUUGGCGCCUUUGGCCGUUUUGGCUUCAAUGGGCUGAGUAGGGGUCCAAGGCGAGCCCCAGAACCAUUAUACCCUCGGCGCAAGGUUCAGGACCCACCUGUGGUGCAUGAGUUGAGGGUGUCCCUGGAGGAAAUCUACCACGGCUCCACUAAACGCAUGAAGAUCACAAGGCGGCGCCUCAACCCUGAUGGGCGAACUGUGCGCACCGAGGACAAGAUCCUGCAUAUUGUCAUCAAGCGUGGCUGGAAGGAAGGCACCAAGAUCACCUUCCCCAAAGAGGGCGAUGCCACACCUGACAACAUCCCUGCCGACAUCGUCUUUGUGCUCAAAGACAAGCCCCACGCACACUUCCGCCGAGACGGUACCAACGUGCUCUACAGUGCCCUGAUCAGCCUCAAGGAGGCACUGUGCGGCUGCACCGUGAACAUUCCCACCAUUGAUGGCCGAGUGAUCCCUUUGCCCUGCAAUGAUGUCAUCAAGCCAGGCACCGUGAAGAGACUCCGUGGGGAGGGCCUUCCCUUCCCCAAGGUGCCCACCCAGCGGGGAGAUCUCAUUGUCGAGUUCAAAGUUCGGUUCCCAGAUAGAUUAACACCACAGACACGGCAGAUCCUUAAGCAGCACCUACCUUGUUCCUAGGCUCUGCCCUAGCCAACCCAGAGUCUACCACAGCAAUACCCCCCACACUCACCCCAUCCAUUGUGCACCCAACUUGAUGUCCACUGGACACUGGCAACGUUUUCUAAAGUGCAAAAAAAAAAAAAAAAAAAAAAAGCCACUGGUUUUCAGGGGAAAUGUUCCUAUCCCUGACCCCUUUCAAAGCUGGGCUGCCCUGGGGGAAUGGGAGGGAGGUGGGGAUAGCUAGCCCAGGCCAGGGGUCAAUUUUCAUGUCACAACCUUUGAAUCCAGUUCCCACUCCAGUGGCUGGAGAAUGACCUGAGUGCUACUUGAAGAUAUAGAGAUUCCUCGUCCACACCUGUAAAUAGCAUGUCCUCCUUCCCCUCUCAGCUUUGCUAAUACCUCUCCUUUCCCUUCCCUUCAGCUUCCUCCUGUUGAGGGAGGAAGAGGAUAAAACGGACACUGCUUUCCCACCCCAGCCCCACCCUCAAGUCCACAGUGUCCAAGGUUAUCACACACCUAUUCAUGCACACAAAACAUACACCUAGAGCUGUGUGUGCCUCUCCAGGGUUGAGAUGGGAAGGGAAGGUCUGUAGCCCAUGAACCGGGCCAUUGAGCACGAGACACUUUUCAUUUGGGGCAGGGAAGUGAAUGGGACCCUCAGCCUUCUUGACAGCUACCCUGCCCAGACCCUGCAGAGCUGGAAGUUCUGUCCUCCCUGCAGCUCCCAGGAAUGUGCAAGGGUAGAGAAAGGGGAGGGGGCCUGCUGUAUUAAGGCUAAGAGGUGGAGGGCACGGUCUGUCUUCCAACCUUCAUCAGGAAGGGAAAGGGCUUUGGGGUCAGGUGGCAGCUAUUCCCCACCAAGAGAUUCAGGGUCACAGGUUUCUCCCCACACCUCUGAACUCAGGGCCUAGCCACCCCUAAACUUCCAAAUCCCAUUUUUGUGAUAUAUGAAGCUACUUAUUUCUUACCCUUCAUGGAGGCUGCGUGGGGAAUUUCUAGCCCUUUGAUGCCUGUGUGACCCCAUCCCACUCCCACAACUGUAUAAAGGUCAAAUAGUGAAGGAGCUAGGGUAAGACUGCUUCAGCCAGGUUCUGGGAUGGGGUUUUUAGGUUUUCUCACUUUGACAAGCCCUUGAAUGUUUUUAUAGUAGUUUUUUUGUAUUUUUUUGUAAUGACAGUAUUAUGAAAAAAAAUAAAGUAUUUUAAAAAUA